UGACCUUCAUUUAGCUCAGAUCUGUGCUUUGGCUUCACCUUCCUCUUCUUGGCGUCCUCCAUUUCUCCUUUUCGUGGAAUUCUUCCACCAUUGGAGUUUGUUUGGAUAGUGUGGGAUCUUUUGGUAAUGUGAGCUUUUUGUUUGUUUUUUUGGGUUCGUUUGAUUCAAAAUCCACUGUGGUUUCUCCUCCCUUUGUCUUCUACGAAGUCUACCUGCGACUCAAGUCUUGGUAAUAGGGUUUGGAAUUGUAAUUUCUUGAUGCAUUUUGAGCGUAAUCCUUAGAUUUGUCAUGGAUUUAUCGUUCUCAUGCUUUAGAUGCAAGUUUUGUGAAGUGUGAUAGAUGUUUAAGGCUCAAAAUUGGAUCUUUUGGGCUGAAAAUUGAUGGCGGGACAUGCACCAUUCCUGUCACCUUCAUCCAGAGUGCUAGUUAUCUGAACACUGAAGUAAUAGAAUAAUGGGUAUUUCUGCAAAGUGGCUUAAAUCAUUGGUUGGGCUAAGAAAAACAGAGAAGUCACAACAGCCAGAUAAGGAUGAAAAUAGAAGGGUCACUGUGAAUAGAUUUUGGCACCGGAGGAAACAGUCUAUUGAUCUGGAUGGUGCUAUUGUGGAUGACGAGUUUGCUGUUGGAACUGCUCCAUUGACAGCAGAUGCCAAUAUCCAAUCAAGCUCUCAUUCCACAUCUUCUCCAACCAACACCUCGCUUCAAGUACAGACAUCUUGUCAAACUGAACAGAAUGCAAAAGAGGACUGGGCUGCCACAGUUGUUCAAACUGCUUUUCGAGCUUUCCUGGCUAGACGAGCAUUACGAGCUCUAAAAGGACUGGUUAGACUUCAGGCCCUUGUUCGGGGUCAUGCUGUGAGAAAACAAGCUGCAAUAACUCUUCGCUGCAUGCAAGCUUUGGUAAGAGUUCAGGCUCGUGUGAGAGCCCGGCGAGUUCGCAUGGCGUUAGAGAAUCAACUGGGGCAGCAAAACAUUGAGCAACAAGAAGCACAUGAGGGAAGGCUGGUGUGACAUUGUUGGCUCUGUGGAAGAAAUUCAAGCCAAGUUGUUGAAGAGGCAAGAAGCAGCAGCCAGGCGUGAGAGAGCGAUGGCAUAUGCUCUCACUCAUCAGUGGCAAGCAGGUUCCAGGCAGGCUGCAGCUCCUGCAGGGUUUGAGCCAGAUAAAAACAACUGGGGAUGGAACUGGUUGGAGCGAUGGAUGGCUGUUCGUCCAUGGGAGAACCGAUUCCUUGACAUUAAUCUCAAAGAUGGGGUGAUGCUUCACGAGAAUGGACUGCCUGAGGGAAAGAAAGGAACUAAGGCUCAGAACAAACCUCCUGGGAAGAAAACUGUUUCAAAUCUUCAUUCCAAUGUCCUAACCCAGAAAUCAGGCCCAUCACAUUCUGAAGGGAGUGGCUCUUCAUCAAGUCGAUCUGUGAACCAGCUAGCCUCUUCUGCUAUGCCAUCAGUCAAGGGAAAAUCAAAGCCAUCAUUUGAGGAGGUUUCUGGCGAAGCUAUCUCUCGGCCCUCUGGAGUUGGUACUCGGUCAUAUAGCAAUCCAAAAGAGAGGCCAUCACAACUGGAUUCUCAGGCUAAGAAGCGGCUGUCCCUCCCCAGCAGUGGUGUGGCAGCAGGAAAACACUCUACCAAUAGAACUGCUGCUAACCGGUCUGCGCCUGCUAAGAAAGCCACCAGAGACACGCCCAAAUCUGAAAUAAAACACCAUUUGAAUCCUACAGAUCCAGCUCCAAAGAGAGUUGAGGUGCAGACAUGAGAAGCCAUUUUCAGUUGAUUAUAAUACUAUAGUAGCUGUUCUAGGGAUGUUCUUGUGCUGUAUCAAACUUUCUCUGUAUAUAUUAUUUAAUGAUCUUUUCUGCCGGGGUUGUGGUCUCUGUGCUUCUACACAUCUGUCUUGCAGAUACUUGCACUGACAGGUCUAAAUAUGCCAAUGCUGGUAUCUGCCCGCAAUGAUAUAGGGAGAUCCAUUCUAUUACUGUACUAUUAGUCGCACGACCAUGCGGUGUCUAUUUGUUCUUGUUGGAUUUUAAGUUGUCCUUUUAGUCUAUUGUUGGAUGGCUGUUGGCACACUGAGUCUCUAACUAUUAGAAAAAAUGGAGAAUUAUGCUUGCAUUGGUGAA